AUGGCAAAUCUCUGGAAAGGAAAUCAUUGUUCUUACAGCCACCAGAAGCGGACACCUAAUUUCCAUGACAAAUACGGAAAUUCUAUAUUAGCAGCUGGAGGCCUCUUCUGUAUUUCUGCAUGGACAUAUACAGCAACACAAAUUGGAAUAGAAUGGAACCUGUCACCUGUUGGCAGAGUCACCCCUAAGGAAUGGAGACAUCAGUAGUCCUGUCAGCUGGUGCAAUAGUCAAGGAACUGUUUCAAAACCAACCUAUAAGUGAUCCCAAGUCAAAGAACCAUGUAUUCACCAAAAUAUGGCAUAUUGAAGAAAAAAUAAAGUACCUUUGAAAUCUUCAAAUAAAAGAAAUUAGCAGAAGCCGGAUGUGACAGGUGUGAACAUAGACACCUAUACUUAUGUGAGAGGCUGGGGAAGGAGGCCUGCAGGCCAGCCUCAGUUAGAGAGACAGCAACACUGUCUCAGAAAACAGAUUUACAAAACACACAAAUAGGGGCUACAAGAUGGUUCUGGGGCUAAGAUAUUUGCCACACAAACAGGAUGUGUCCCCAACACACAUGUGAGAAACCAGGCACCAUCUCACACACCUGCAGUUCCAGCACUGAGAAGGCAGACAGGAGGAUCCCCAGAGCUUGCCUUUCAAGCAGUCUAGCUGAAUCAGUGAGCCCCAAGUUCAUGGAGAGAUGGCCAAAAACUAAGACAGAGGGCUGGCAAGAUGGCUCUC